AGUUGCUGUAAUAACAACAAAGAACUCUAUUCUCCCAAUAACAGAAGACGGAAGAAGGUUGACGCAUAAAUCAUAAUAAUAACAAAAGUUGUCAAUAGAACAUUUUGCCUCGCAAAUUGUACACAAAAAGAGAAGAAAUAAUUGUUUAUUGGUGCAGUGCUCAUAACAGCAGUAUUUAAACUCUUUCGACCUAAAUCCUUAUUAAGGGACGAACUAUUGUAAAGGGUCUUGUUUGUCAAUCUUCGCACCAUGCCGGAUACUACUAGAUCCGGAUCCAACAAACCGGAACAUAUCGAAGAAGAAGGAACACAAGAGGAAAUACCGGAAUGCCUCUCUUCAUUACUUCAAGGCAAUGCCUCCUUGAAAGAUCAAGACGAAAGUGAAAUUAUUUUCAGUGUGCCCGGUGUUAGUGGCCAGCCCGCAAAGGUCGUUAAUCUAAUAGAUUUGAAAAAUCUAGCGAAAAGCUGUGAAGAUAUGGCUCUUGCCCACGAGAUCGCCGUUAACGAAGAAUUUAAGCUAAUGCAAAAUGAAGAUUCUGGUGACAGCAUUGCCCGUACCGUUCGUGACACGAUGCAUCGUGCCUAUUGGGACGUAGUACAGGUUCAGCUCAACGCAGAACCCCCGUGCUACGACAUGGCGAUGGACGUUUUGAGCAACAUCAAGCAAGCGUUCGGGGUCCUGUUAACAGGGAACAACGAUCGGGCGUUAGAAAAAAUCAAUAGCUACCUUGACGAGCAAUUGAUCCGCCGUCAUGCUGAAGAAGGAGUGCUCGACCUUGCACACGUUGCACAUUUCGUAAUCGAUAUGAUGGCACGGGCAUGUUGCAUGGAUCGUGAUGCUGAGGUGGAACAGUUGAAAAAUAUCACGGAUACUGUGCAGUUAUUGCGCGGAAUAUUAGAGGUACUGGGCCACAUGAAAGUAGAUAUGGCCAAUUUCGUUUUAACCAUGACGCGUAAAGAGUUUGCCGCUCGUUCCAUAGACUAUGAGAAGAAGAAAUUCGCCGAGAUACAGCACGUGUGUAAUGAUAACUUUCCCAUUACAAUAGAGUGGCUUAGACGUCACAAACCAUCGGAAGAGGAGACCACAGGAGCUGAUUCAAGCACCGAGGGAACUUCUUCAAACAUCGCUGAAGCAGCACAUUUCAGUGCGAAACCCAAGACGUCAAUUCCAGAGCACAUAAUCGCCGCGUAUGUCGAGCUGUUGCACCCUACAUCUAAUACUGAUGAUUUUCCAGAGCUUCUCAAUCUAGAUCGUCGUCGUUUCGAGCAACUUAAAGCGGAAGUAAUGCGAGUGAUCAUUUGCGACUCAAUUUUAUGUUAUGCCGGUACUUGUGUAGCAAAAAGUGAUCAACUCCCAUUAUUCCGACAGAACUUGGCCCAUAAGCUAAUGAUUCUGAUUAAAGAUUGUGUCGAUAACCAACAGUUCGUCGAAGUGGCAGAAAACCUUUGGCUACAGGUUAAAGAUAGCAUGCAUGCCUACCAUUCGCAGAACGAAUUGCCGAUGCCGGAUCCAACAUCAAUGACGUUGCUGAAGACGCACAUUGAAAACACUUGUCACAAAAAGUCGCAUGUCUUUGCAGUAAUGCAUAAUCGAUCAAUUGAGCUGUUUAAAGGGACGCUACAAAAUGAUAUAGAAAGCGCUCCUUUCUUUUCUAGCUUUAGAGAGUACCAAACAGAGCUCGCUGCAAUUUUGAAAACUGUAAAGAGAAUCACUAACCACAACUACGCCGUUUACGGCGAUUAUUACACAAAGCUUAUUCGCGACAAUAUGAACUAAUUACAGAUACCAUUGUCUGUUCAAUCAAAGUAGCGUAUGAUGCUGUCAUAAUUUGCAUUAACUAUUCCUCACUCUUAAUUCCACAAUUACAUUUAUUUGCAACGAAUAUUUGAUAUCAAAAAGGCAAUGUAAAUGGUAUUAUGCAUAAGCUGCCAAUAAUCUCUAGAGGUCUUGUGCCAAAAGAAUAUCAAUAACUUUAAUUACUUUGCCAAUUUGUAAGUUGAAGUUUCAUUUGUAAAUUUCUGUCCAUCCUGUCGGCGAGCUCAAAUAUUUUCUUCUUUACAAUCUUAUAAUUGAAUGUAUUUAUAACCGAAUGGUUACGACAUUCCAAUGCCAAUGGCAUUGAAUGGCAAGUAAUCUAUAUAGGCAUUUUAAAGAAAAGAUUAUAAAUUACUUAAACUGCUUUACCUAUUUUUCAAUUAAAACUUCAAUCGAAAAUGUAUUUAUCUAAAAUUAUGCUUUCUGAUUUGUUGAA